AUGACUGCCAUAUCACCAGGAGUUGCCCUAGCCAUGGAUACGCUGAUCAAGAGAGAGGAUGAAGGGAAUUGGUAUCACAGCCCGUUCGCUGCAAAGCUUUGCAGUUGCAUCAUCGAAAUCACAACCGCUUGUGUACUAUCCAGCUUCAUCACACUGCGUGCAAUGAGAGUCAGGAGGAAGGGCUGGCAAAACUUGCCGUGGAUCAUCUGGCUCGUUUUUCUCAUUUACGGAACAUCUCUGGCAUAUUCAGUCUCUGCCCUCAUCAUGCAGUUUGUGGUUGGAAAUGGUACGAGCAAAGCAACAUGUAGAGCAACAGCACUGCUAUGCCCGAUUAUCUACAUGGGAAGCAAGUUCAUCUUCCUGUUUCUUGUUGAUCGCGCACACGUCAUUCGCAGCACCAAGAAAGCAAGGCUGAGGUCUAAGCUAUAUCUCUGGAACAUUUUCCUGGUCAUCGCGCUAGGCAUCUACGGUACGAUUAGCAGCUACAACAUUGCAGAAUCCACUCGCAACUGGACAUAUUCGCUGCGGUGGCUACCCUCCACCACCGGUUUCCGUUACUUCCAUCCCGUCGCUCAUUCUCACAACCCCCCGAACCGUAGGCUUCGACAACUAGCGAAGAGAACCAUUAUCGGAUCGAUAGCCACGAUGGGCAGCAGUCUACUUAACUGCAUCACCAUAGUGGGUUUGCGGGGUGAGGUUGCGUGGCUAUGCAUGAUGUGUUGCACAAGCGACAUUCUAUUUUCAGCCAUCGUCAUUCACUGGAUGAUGAAUAGCAGCAGUACGGGCACCCGUGAGGCCACGGAGGAAUCCAGUACCAAGACCUCUACCAGAGCUCUGUGUCAGCAGCGGCCUUCUCCUCCUGGCGUCGCCUCUCCUCGCCCAAUUCACGUGUUGUCUAGCCUACGAAGUCAUUAUUCGGCAGGAGUGUAA